UUUGGAGUCUACUGCCUCACUGGAGUGUCAAUCAAAAUUCCACAGCCAUUCUUGGAUACUUGGAGGUGGGGCUGUCUGGCAUACAGCAAUGAUUUGACCCAGCACUUGGGGCACACAGACUGGAGUCAUCAGUGUUAUUCCGUGGUCUUCCAACAGCGUUUGCAAAAUACGUUGACAUUUGUGGACUUGCACUCUUUCAUCGGACUUCUAACUGACAGCCCAAGGGACUAGAAUCCACUCACAAUUCUACAAAAGGAGUCUAUUUAUAACCUAUAAACUGAAUAGGAGGCAACUGAUCUACCUAUAGAUUCAAGAAAGAACCACACCUCGUAGAAAACACGUUAAUCAUACCUGAGAGUUUGAAAGAAACAGGUGCUUAACCUCAAUUCUUCUCCUGCAUAAGAAAAAUGGGCUGUGACCGGAACUGUGGUCUCAUCGCUGGGGCUGUCAUUGGUGCAGUCCUGGCUGUGCUUGGAGGUAUUCUAAUGCCAGUUGGGGAUAUGCUUGUUGCGAAGACGAUUAAAAAGGAAGUUGUCCUUGAAGAAGGUACAAUUGCUUAUAAAAACUGGGUUAAAACCGGCACAGAAGUUUACAGACAGUUUUGGAUCUUUGAUGUGCAAAAUCCACAGGAAGUAGUAGUGAACAGCAGUAACAUUAAGGUUAAACAAAGAGGUCCUUACACAUACAGAGUUCGUUUUCUAGCCAAGGAGAAUAUAACUCAGGAUCCUGAAGACAACACAGUCUCUUUUGUGCAGCCCAAUGCUGCUAUCUUUGAACCUUCGCUGUCAGUUGGAACAGAAAAUGACACCUUCACAGUUCUCAAUCUAGCUGUAGCAGCUGCACCCCAUAUCUAUCAAAAUGCAUUUGUUCAAGUGGUGCUCAAUUCACUUAUCAAAAAGUCAAAAUCUUCUAUGUUCCAAACCAGAACUUUGAAAGAACUCUUGUGGGGCUACAAGGAUCCAUUCUUGAGUUUGGUUCCAUACCCUAUUUCGACCACAGUUGGUGUGUUCUUUCCUUACAAUAAUACUGUUGAUGGAGUUUAUAAAGUCUUCAAUGGAAAAGAUAACAUAAGCAAUGUUGCCAUAAUUGACACUUAUAAAGGUAAAAGGAAUCUUUCUUACUGGCAAAGUUAUUGCGACAUGAUUAAUGGUACAGAUGCAGCUUCAUUUCCACCUUUUGUUGAGAAGUCUCGAACACUGAGGUUCUUUUCCUCUGAUAUUUGCAGGUCCAUCUAUGCUGUAUUCGAAUCUGAAGUGGACCUGAAAGGAAUCCCUGUGUAUAGAUUUAUUCUUCCAGCAAGGGCCUUUGCAUCUCCAGUUCAAAAUCCAGACAACCAUUGUUUCUGCACAGAAAAGAUUAUCUCAAAUAAUUGUACAUCCUACGGUGUGCUAGACAUUGGCAAAUGCAAAGAGGGUAAACCUGUGUACAUCUCACUUCCUCAUUUUCUACAUGCAAGUCCUGAUAUUUCAGAACCUAUAGAAGGCUUAAGUCCAAAUGAAGAAGAACAUCGAACAUACUUGGAUGUUGAACCUAUAACUGGAUUCACUUUACAAUUUGCAAAACGGCUACAGGUCAACAUAUUGGUCAAGCCAGCAAAAAAAAUUGAAGCACUAAAGGGCCUGAAGAAAAAUUAUAUUGUGCCUAUACUUUGGCUUAAUGAGACUGGUACUAUUGGUGAUGAAAAGGCAGAAAUGUUCAGAAGUAAAGUGACUGGAAAAAUAAAACUCCUUGGCCUGGUAGAAAUCGUCUUACUCAGUGUUGGGGUGGUGAUGUUUGUUGCAUUCAUGAUUUCAUAUUGUGCAUGCAGAUCAAAGCCAAGUAGUAAAUGAGUCUACACUUAAGCACCAGUGACAUCAAGACCUUUGGUGAUACAGAUCUACAAAAUGGAUAUUUAAUGCUUAUUUUUACAAAACAUACAUUAUCUUUUAGUUGAAGAAAUGAUGGCACUUUCUCUAUAUAUACUUUUUGCACUAAGCUGCACCACAUUUCCAAAGGAUUAAGAUGUCAUUAAAAUCUAUACUUUGAACAGAAAAUGGCACCUUUUAAAAUUCAUCAUUUACACAAUUGAGUUGUUUCCAGUUUCUCCAGACCUGGUUCUAGCAUGAAAUGAUUGUUUUUACUUGGUUCUGAGUAACUAUUGGUUUCCUGGUGGCAAAGGAGAGGAGAAGAAGUUCUAAACAAAUCCUGGGCCCCCAACUCCUGUCUUUCUAAUGAAAGUGAGACAUUAUCACACUCCGAGUGUCCUUGUUCACUGGCAACGGACAGACCUCAGGACUGUCAGUACAUUGCAAAUCAUGAGCAUCAAAUAUUUUGAAAGACAUUUAAGAAUGGAAAAUGAGUGACUGGCUUAUAAGCCAUUCAUCAUACCUUAAGUUUCUCUCCCUAUGGAAUCCUUUGUACAGCAGACAUCAAAACCAUUUUUUUUUUUUACUUUAUAACAAUGGGUUUAUAUUGUUUGUCACUGAUCCUUCAGGUGGACAAUAUUUUUCACACACUGUAGCACUUUGUAUUUUAAGUACUUGGUUAUUUUUUCAUGUUGUGUAACUCUUCUGGAAGUGAGUAGAUUCGGUCUUUCUAGUCAGUUGCAACUUAUGCCUGGCAACCUCAGAAUGCUGUUCUAGUAUUAAGAGAUGUAAAUGAUAUAACAAUUAUUUUAUGAAAUGUUACGAAAAGAAUAAUAAGUGCUAAAUGUUAUUUGUUGUAAUAUUUCUUGCUUUCAUAGUCAUCUCGGAAGUACUGGUUUCAAGCAUUAAAAGAUAUUCUUCCUUAAAUGCCUGUGUUUUGUCUAACAUUGUGCUACAAAAUGUUUAUACUUAUUUCUACCUGAAAUAUGCUAUGUGAUUCCACACUUUUUUUCUGAAAUAUUCUUUCUGAAUUUAACCACUUGCUUCUGGGACAAUUUUUUAUGCCAAGUGGAAGAAGAGCAAAAACACUUUUUUCCUUACAGUAGCAGGACUUGAGUGCCAAGUUUCUUUUUAUGUGAAGAAUAUUGGUAGGUUUUGCUGCUUUCUUCAGGAGAGAGUUCAUCUCUUACAGAGAGUGCUAGUUCUACGAAGUUCCAACAUAGAAAGGAACGACAGAUAAAUCCUG